GGGGCCGCCGCUGCCACGUCAGGGGAGUUUCCCGAGGCGAGGUGGGCUGAGCCGGGCCCGGCCUUCCUCCUCUUCCUCCUCCUCCUUCGCCGCCGCCCCCUGUCCCGGCCGCCGCUGCCGGAAUCGCCGCGGAGGGAGCGAGGGAGCGAGCGGUGCCCGCUGCCAUGGAGGCCCGCUACAACCUCAAGAGCCCGGGCUUUCUUUUUAACCCUGGAGGUGAGAGGGAUGCCUCAAGAGGUGUGGGAGAUGUCUUGAGGAACGGCGCUGGAAGGGAAGGUUUUGCUUCCUGGGAAGGGAAACUGAGGACAGGUCAGGGGACCCCUCAUCGCCCCGGAGGCUUCCCCUCCUGGGAGCUGCAGACACAGCCAGAGGCUCGUCACUGCUGAAGCAAAACUUCUUCCACAGCUUCUGUCAAACGUUUGAUGAAAGAGGCUGCAGAGCUGAAGGAUCCUACAGAUCAUUACCAUGCACAGCCUUUGGAGGAUAAUCUUUUUGAAUGGCACUUUACUGUCAGAGGCCCUCCAGAUUCAGAUUUUGAUGGAGGGAUUUAUCACGGGCGAAUAGUGUUACCACCGGAGUAUCCCAUGAAACCACCCAGCAUUAUUUUGCUGACGGCCAAUGGCAGGUUUGAAGUGGGGAAGAAAAUUUGUUUAAGCAUCUCAGGGCAUCAUCCUGAAACGUGGCAGCCGUCAUGGAGUAUAAGAACAGCUUUACUAGCCAUUAUUGGAUUUAUGCCAACCAAAGGUGAAGGAGCAAUAGGAUCUCUAGAUUAUACACCGGAAGAAAGAAGAGCUCUUGCAAAGAAGUCACAAGACUUCUGUUGUGAAAUGUGUGGCACAUCCAUGAAGACAGCCCUCUUACCACUCACAUCCGGAAGCGUGUCGAGCCAGGCAGACAAGGAGGCUAAGGAGCUUGCCAGACAAAUCAGCUUCAAGGCAGAAGUCAACUCAUCCAGGAAGUCUGAUGCUGGACCCUCAAACGUGUCAGGAUUGAACUACCCAGCCGCGUCCCGGGAGCCCCAGCAGGACAGUGCAGCCAGAGCAGCCCAGGAUCCAGCAGGCACCACGUCUGACACUCAGAACAGCAGCGCAGCGGCCGGUCCAGAGCCUCCUCCUCCGGUGGCCACCAACACAUCGCUGAGCCCUCGGCAGCGCCGUGCCCAGCAGCAGAGUCAACGGCGGCCACCUUCUUCAGCCGACUUCAACCGGGUACAGCAGCCCAGGGUCAACAUCAACCACACGGGCUCCACCGUGCUCAUCGUCCUGCUCACCUUCGCGUUGGCAGCUCUCAUAUUCCGUAGGAUAUGUUUGGCUAACGAGUAUAUAUUUGAGUUGUAAGGUUGUUUCUGUCCUAACGGCGGUGACUCGAACGCUCCGUUGACCAUUCUGUGUUGGGUAUGACAUUGAGAACUGUUUACAAAGGUUACUUUUUGUAUUUACGCUUCAAUCCUUAUGAAUGUUAAUGUACCUGCAGAUACAUUACUUGUCAGAAAAGCAAAGUUGGACAUUUUAACUGCAACGAGUGUUAAUUGAUGCCCGCUAGAUACUUGGAGAAACGGCGCAGUGGAAUAGUAAUGUUAAGGCAUGUGGGAGUGGAGUAAUUUUUGAGUAAUUUAUCAACUAGAAAAGGACAAUUUAAAAAUUUAAGUGGUUGAUUCACUUUGGUUUUUUUUUUAUGGAACAUAAAUGCAAUUAAUCAUCCCCUCUAAGUUAGUACAACAUUUGACAUUGGAGAAGGAGUUGUAAAAGGAAACACAACUAUGUGUUUGUGUCCAGUGACCUCUUCAUUUAGAGGGGAUACGGUUCUGUAACCACUUUUAUUGACCAUGACACAUUUCUAGAGGGAGAACACACACGAGUUGGUUGCGAUGCUGCUUUGUGUGUGUGAAAGGGGGAAAGGAGCAGGGGGGGAAAGAAGGGGCCAGUAAACUACUUGCAUUAUUCUGAUUUUUGGUUUUUUGGAAGAAAGAUUGGAUAAUCUUUUGCAAGAUUUGAAUAUCCUCUUCUAAUACUCUCAAUUGUAUAUCUUGUUUUUUUUAAAGUUGAAGGUUAUAUAAAACAUGUCUAUUCUUGCAAUAGUUAUAAAUAUGUAAUAUAAUUAUUUACCCAGAGCUAUUGUCUUUUAAUUAUGCCAGAAAUAUACAUAAUGUGUUGAACUGAAUGUUUCACAUGUGGUUUUAUUUACUAAAGAAAAUUUAAACCUUAUUAUACUUAAACUCUCAUCUAUAUGAACAUGCUUAAGAGAAAUAUUUAUUAAAAACUUGGUAGUAAUAAAGAGCUUCAAGCCAGUCUUCAGGUAUGUUUCAAGUAUCACAUGGCCUUUUGGUUGGUUGGGUGGUUUUUUUUGUUGUUGUUUCAGGGUUUUUUUGACACUUCAGGUUUUUUUUAAAGCCUAAAAUAAAUAUUGGACCCAGAGACUUUCUGCAUUAUUAGUUUACUAAAAGAAUAAGCAAUUGGUAAUAUUAAUGAAUGCUGUGAAAUCACAUUUAGAAGCAAUAGAGCUACAGUUGUUACGGUUUUGAGAAGUUUUGUCUGUGAAUGUUUAAGUUCUGCAGCGAAGUAAAAGAAAGCAAUCAGUGGGAUAAUUUUCUUCUGGCAUCAUUGUUCAGAUUUAAAUGUGUUCUAGUACGUUUAUUUCAAAGACAAUGAAAUUCAGGUAAAUCUCAGUGCUGUCAAAUGUGACUGCUCUGACUUAAGCCAGAUUCUCAUCUUAUUUCUUAGCAAGUGUUUUCAGGUCACCUACAGCUUUCCUGAAUUUUGUUAAAUAUACUAUAUGUGAUUGUUUUGAAACGUUGAAGUAGGUAUAACACCUUCUAAAAUAAAGCAAGCCCAUUGUGUGUCUAAAGGGAAUGUGGAAAUUUAAAAAAACACCACAACACAAAAAAACUGAGUUCAUUUUUAGCCCUUCUGGGUUGUUGAUGAUUUUGUAGAAUGGAACAAAAAUCAAAAAAUAGCUUUCUUAAGUUCAGACAAAAGUUUAUAUUUUGCUCAACAGAUACUUCUUCCACAUUCCGCUGCAGGACAAUUUGAUGCCAAUAUGUUAAUUGAUGUGUUUUAACAUAAUUUGUAUGUUUAUUUCAUUAGAAAUUUUUAAAAAAUCAAACCACAACAACCAGAAAACCCCUCACCAAAACCCUUUCCAGAUCCUGUAGCCUCUAAAAAUCAAAGUACGGUGUUUCCUCGUUGCUGUGUUGCCUGAAUACCUGCUCUGUUCAAAGUAUUGCACAAACCUGGGCCCACAGAGGCCAGUUCUGGGAGGGAUCUGACCCAAAAGAAGACUUUUUGCUGAAUUUUUGGCUGCUCUGCUCCCAAUGUGCUUUUCUUUUCCUCGAGCCCGGCUGCUCUCCUGUGGUGAAGUCUUCUGCACAGAGAAGGUCCCUGUGGCCCUUGGAGUGGGCGGUGGGAAAAUAAGCUUUGAACGGUUUCUAAAAAAACAAACUCUUCCUUGUGGUUAAAGAAAUAACUGCUUUGUAGCUUUCCGUUUUUAUUUCAGACUUCUAUUUAAAAAAAAAAAAAAGAAAAAUGUUAAAAUGCCUGAUUGUGCGAAUACCUAUUUGAAAAAAAAAAUAAAUAUUCAUGGUGACUUGA